AUGCCAUAUGACCUCUUGGUGGGACAAAGAGGGGGACCCAAAAGUACAUCUACCAAGAGAGAGACAGACAAGGUUCUCUUGUUCAUUUUUAUAAUCACAGGAGAGAAUCCAAAGAGAGUGAAGAGAACAAGAAUGGGUAACAGUUUAGGAGGAAAAAAAACAGCUAAGGUUAUGAAAAUCACCGGCGAGACAAUCAAGUUAAAGACUCCUGUGAAGGCCGGUGAGGUUGUUAAGGACUAUCCCGGCCAUGUUUUGUUAGAUUCCGAGGCAGUUAAGCAUUUUGGAAUUCGAGCAAAACCCUUGGAGCUUCACGAGGAACUGAAGAAGAAAAGAGUCUAUUUCCUAGUGGAAUUGCCUAAGUUUCCUGAUGAGAAAGUUCCAAGAAGAGUCCGGUCAGGGAUUCACAUGAGUGCGAAAGACCGGCUCGAGAGCCUAAUGCUGGCUAAGAGAUCUGCAUCGGACCUUUCUGUCAUGAGACCGAGGAACAUUAUGCUCGAGGAGUCGAAGGAAGGAAAAGAAAAUGGUCAUGUGAGGAUGAAAAUGAGGCUUCCCAAGGCAGAGUUGGCACGGUUGAUGACGCAAAGCAAAGACAAGGCCGAGGCAGCUCAGAAGAUUGUGGAUCUUUACAUGGAUAACAACUCCAACGGUGGUGGUGGUGGUGGCAGUGGCAGUGGCGGGGAGGCCGACAAGGUGCAUGAUGGUGCAUUGUUGCACCAACAAUUGCAUUGGAAUGGUGGCAGUCAAGGAAGAGCUAAGAAGAGAGUCGGUUUUCUGCUCGUCGAUGAACAGGAGAUUCAAUUAGCUGUGGCCUCUUAGCAGCCGAUGAUCAUACGUUGCAAACAGUUGAAAGUGAACCAGAAACAAUGCAAGAUUCAAAGAAAGAAGAAAAAAAAAUUUCCCUCUUGCGUCUACAUACUCCAGCAAAUUUCCCAGCAACCAAACACACUUGUUUUUGUGUUACCUCUGUACAAGGAACAACAAAGCUGUGAAAUGCUGAGAAUUAGAAGAUAGCUUUAGGUGGUUUCACACAAGUAGAUGUUUUUGGAAAUAACUUUAGUAUGACUUGUAUAAUAGUUACAAGACU